GAUCUAGGGUUGGCGAUGAUUUCUCGAAGAUGGGAUCCAGGUAUUAUUUUGGAGAUUGGGUUGGAGCGGAGAAUCAACAAGAUCACAAACAGGAUGAUUGGAAGCGGGGCUUUCAUUCGAUUCAUUUGAGAAUCGAUUUGGGUAUCGACAAAGGGAUUUUGGGGCGAUUAAGGAAACUCAAGAUUGGGUUUGAAUGGAGUUUGAUUCCGAUCAUCAUCAAGACGGAAUCGUGGCUACAUGAAGUCAACUGCUAGGUCACGGACAUGAGGAAUGGUGAGGGCACUCGCAAGAGACUGAAGAUUUCGGUGGCGCAUUUCGACAACUCCGCGUUGAUCAAGACCUACUCCAAAACUCUGAUUGGCAGAUGUAUGAACCCCAAGGAGCAGGAUCUAAAGGCGCUUUUCACAAACCUUCCAAAGAUUUGGAAAUUGGAGGAAAGGGAUUUGGCAAGUUUCAGUUUGACUUCAAGACGGAGGAGGACAUUGAUGCGGUGCUGAAGCUGCAGCCUUAUCACUUUGACUAUUGGAUGCUUGCUCUGGCAAGGUGGCAACCAAAGCAGUCCAAAGUCUUUCCCUCGGAGAUACCGUUUUGGGGUCGAAUCAUUGGCGUUCCGCUGGAGUUCAGAACAGGGCCUACAUUCGAAAGAAUUGGAGAGGCUAUUGGGAGAACGGUUGCGGUGGAUUUGGAUCAUACUCGUAUACUGGUGGUGAUUGAUGCUUUUAAGGAGCUCUGUUUUGAGACUACUGUUGAUUUUAAGGGAGGAGAGUUUUAUGAUGGUGAAGAGGUGGCGGUUUCUCUGCGUUAUGAGAAGCUUUUCGGCUAUUGCAAACUAUGUGGCAGUCUUUGCCACAAGGACGAGAUAUGUCCACUGGAGAUGAAAAACUCCAAGAAGAGCCCAGAGAGAAAGCGAGAGGGUAGAGAGGGAAACAAAGGUUGGUCUGAUGGGGCGAAGCAUGAUGAUCGAGCAAGGAGUUACAAAGGCGUGGUCAUCAAUGGUAACACGGGUCAACAAAACAAAGAACGAGAUGGAAGGGAUUACUACGGGAAGGGUAAAGGCAAAAUGGCUGAAGCACCAGUUUCCAAAUGGGUUAAGGUGGCUGAAAAGGGACAUAAAAGACCAUCUAAUUAUCAUGGGAGCUACAGAGGAGAAAGUGAAGCUUCACGGUCCAAAGCCGGUCGUCGAGAAGAUGGGAGAAAUGGUCCUCUAGAUGUGGGAUCUGGUGCGCAAGAUGUGCUUACUAGGGUUGCCUCAGGACAGUUAAGAGCGUAUCAAGCUCCGAGUGUUACACACAUGGAAGCUCGAGAAGAAGGGGAGAUCAAGAUCACAGGAGAGGAUUAAACGAUGCUACCUUCUGUAGAGUUUCAAUUGGAAUUGGCUAAGACGCAAGCGGAGAGAACAGAUAUGCGACUAGACCCUCCUGUUGAGGACAAGGAGUCGCACAUGGCUCGAGGUUUAAAUGAGGAACAAGACGGGUUGGCUGAUGAUAUUGAUCUGGAGAUGGAUGCUCUUAACGCUACUUUAAUGGAGACGGGUGUUGAUAUGGAGGCAGAGGACGAGUUUCAGACUCUAUCGGAGGAGGAGGCAGAGCAAGUAUCUCGAGCUCAGGAGGAGCAAACUCAUUUGCAAGAGGAAGAUGAUCUGGUUAAUGGUGAAGCUGAUAACGAGAAAGGAACGGGUGGGGGGGACUUGGCGACGAGGCAAGGAAGUCGUAAGAGGCUUUUCAAGCCUACUAUCAACACUGCAUGAAGCACUAAGAUGCGGAUAGCCAAUGCGCUCAUCUCUCCACGCAAACGGGUUGCAGCGAAGGUAGGGUCUCGUCACGGAGACAGUAGCAAGCCACCGGAAAGUAAGGGUCCUUCAAAUCCGAAACCGGCAACUUUAAAAUUCUAAGUUUAUGGAUCAAGUGUUACUCGUUUUAAGAUUAAGCAAACGGGAACUGGCUUGUGGGGAGGGGGAGGGGGCAUUUUCAUUAAGUAUAAUAAGCUUUAUGAGCAUUGGUGUUUUAUUUGAUUCUAAGAGUAGAAGGAAGCUAGUUCUUCCAUUGUUUCAUUGUUUUCUAUCACGUAUGGGAAUAAAGUUGUUAUUUGGGUUU